UCGUAAUACAGUUGACUCGGAUAUGACAAGGUUGCUUCCGCCUCGUGCUUUAUGGCACGGUGACAAAGAGCCGCUAGGCAUAGCGGGCGAUUAUUAUCGAUCAUCUAUCUCCCCAUGUAUCGAUAAUCGUUCUUUGUCAUCACGAUGCACAAUGUCAUUACCCCAUUCUCAAUUUCGACAUCAAACACGUUGCCUUCGGGACUUCAACGGUUUAACGCUAGUUGGCGCAUUGUCCAGGAUUCUAGAAGAUUCGACCUUUAUUAUUUCGACAGCAAAAGAAGAAAAAAAUACGUUCAAUCGUGUUUUCUCAAAAAAGCAUAUCAUUGUAAUAUAA